AUGAAGAUCGCAGCCAUCCUUGCAGCACUCGCAGUGCGAGCUGCGGCCGUCGGUGUCUCCGGCGCAGCAGAGGGUUUUGCCAAGGGCGUCACUGGCGGUGGCUCUGCCACGCCUGUCUACCCCAGCACCACAGCCGAGCUGGUCUCGUACCUGGGUGACUCUUCAGCGCGCGUGAUCGUCCUGUCCCAGACCUUCGACUUCACCAGCACAGAGGGAACUACUACCUCUACUGGCUGCGCGCCUUGGGGUACUGCGUCUGCUUGCCAGGUUGCCAUCAACCAGAACGACUGGUGCACGAACUACGAGCCGGACGCACCCUCCGUCUCUGUCAGCUAUGACAACGCCGGUGUCCUCGGCAUAACCGUCAAAUCCAACAAAUCCCUCAUCGGCUCCGGCUCGGCUGGUAUCAUCAAGGGCAAGGGUCUGCGAAUCGUCAGCGGUGCGAGCAACAUCAUCAUCCAGAACAUCGCCAUCACCGACAUCAACCCUAAGUACGUCUGGGGCGGUGAUGCCAUCACCAUCGACAACUCAGACCUAGUCUGGAUCGACCACGUCACAACCGCCCGCAUCGGACGCCAACACAUCGUGCUCGGUACUGAUGCCUCCAAGCGCGUCACCAUCUCCAACAACUACAUCAACGGCGUGACCGAUUACUCCGCCACCUGCGACGGAUACCACUACUGGGGCAUCUACCUCGACGGAUCCAGCGACCUCGUUACCCUGAAGGGCAACUACAUCUACCACACCAGUGGACGUGCGCCAAAGGUGCAGGGAAAUACACUUUUGCAUGCUGUUAACAACUACUGGUACCAGAACUCGGGACACGCGUUCGAGAUCGGCUCCGGCGGAUAUGUUCUCGCUGAGGGAAAUGUGUUCCAGAAUAUUGUGGCUGUUGCUGAGUCGCCUAUUGAUGGACAGUUGUUUUCGUCGCCGGAUACCACCACCAAUGCUGUCUGCAGCACGUAUCUUGGUCGGGUCUGUCAGGUCAAUGGAUUUGGGUCUUCCGGAACCUUUAGUCAGGCUGAUACUGCAUUCUUGACCAAUUUCUCAGGAAAGAAUAUUGCGGCUGCGACGGCUUACACGGCUGUUGUUGCCAGUGUCACUGCUAAUGCUGGCCAGGGUAAGCUUUAA